UCACUCAGCUAUGCGACCUCGUGAGCCUCAAUGCGACGCCGGCGGCAACCACCCCAAGGAACUAGCCGUUAAUGGCAACGGUAACAAUUCCUUACCGUUUCUCUCCACCGCCGUCUUCCCCAUGACUCUCAAAUUUGAAGAAGUCGUUUACAAAGUGAAAACGGGAAACGCGAAGGAGAAGACAAUACUGAACGGAGUAACAGGCAUGGUUUGCCCUGGAGAGAUGCUUGCUAUGCUGGGUCCAUCCGGAAGCGGUAAGACCACCCUGCUCACAGCUCUCGGCGGCCGCCUCCCAGCCAAAAAUCUCUGCGGUAAGAUUACCUAUAACGGCCUGCCGUUCUCCGCCGCCGCCCGCCGCCGCACCGGCUUCGUCGCACAGGACAACGUUCUUUAUCCGCACCUUACCGUCACCGAAACCCUUAUUUACACCGCUUUGCUCCGCCUGCCUCGGUCGCUGACCCGGAUCUCGCCGGACUCCAAGCUCGAGCUGGACAAAACCAACGCCGACGAAGGCGGCCAGUACAACGCCGUCAGAGAUCAACUGAUAUCCGCCUACGACCACCACAUCGCCUCCAGGCUAAAAGUAGAGCUCUUCAACGCAGAGACCAUCAACUGCAUAACCCAUAAUCCACAUUCAGGUAUCAGAAAAGCAGCCAAAGAAGAGCAAUGGACAACAACAUGGUUCGAACAGUUCACCGUUCUGCUCCGCCGUAGCCUCAAGGAACGCCGCCAUGAAGCCUUCAACAAGCUCCGCAUCUUCCAAGUCCUCAGCGUCGCCAUUCUCGGUGGCCUCCUUUGGUGGCAAACUCCUCCUUCCCAUCUCCAAGACAAAACGGCUCUCAUCUUCUUCUUCUCGGUAUUCUGGGGUUUCUUUCCUCUCUACAACGCUGUCUUCACCUUCCCACAGGAACGCGCAAUGCUGCUCAAAGAGAGAGCAUCAGGGAUGUAUCGGUUGUCAUCUUACUUCAUGGCUCGAACGGUCGGUGAUCUCCCAAUGGAGCUUGCCCUUCCGACGGCCUUCACCUUCAUCUUCUACUGGAUGGGCGGGCUCGACCCGCGGCCGGCUUCCUUCCUCCUCUCCCUUCUCGUUGUUCUUUACAGUGUUCUGGUAGCUCAGAGCCUUGGCUUAGCAUUUGGUGCUAUACUCAUGGAAGUCAAGCAGGCGACCACACUUGCUUCAGUCACAACUCUAACUUUCCUAAUCGCAGGGGGAUACUAUGUUCAGCAUAUUCCUCCAUUUAUAGUCUGGCUCAAGUACCUUAGCUAUAGCUUCUACUGCUUCAAGCUUCUUGUUGGUGUCCAGUUCAGGCCUAAUGAUACCUAUGAGUGCUCUAAUGGACUGAGGUGCUCUGUGUUGGAUUUCCCUGCCAUUAAAUCAGUUGGAUUAGAUCUUUUAUGGUUGGAUGUUCUAAUCAUGGGAUUGAUGCUUGUUGGCUAUCGGUUUAUUGCUUACUGGGCACUUCAUAAAUUGCAGAGGCCAAGGUUAUAGAGAACUGUUGCUGUUCACAGGAGCAAUAAUCUUUCUUAUUGCCUCCAAUUAUCAGCUAAGGAGAUGUAUCACUUGCUGCAGAGAUUUAGAGCAAAUCACAACAAGUAUAUAAUUAAGAAUAUGGCAGUUUCAUAAAUAAAUUUUGGCUUCUUUGAUGUCUGUGUGGGUCAAGAGAUGUGGCAAUCAGAUAUUUGAAAAUGGAUUCAGAUUUACAAUGAUGAGGAAGAAGACCGUUAUAAAGUUACAAGAAGGUGGAAUGUUUGUGAAAAUAGAUUACUUGAGAUGAGCUGAGUCGAAACAAUGAGAAUAUAAAAUAUUAUAUCUUCCUAAUUGCGAGAAGUUUUUCUGUUUUGCAAUAAUAGCUUUUCUCUUUGCCAAAUAAUAAACCUUUUUUUUUUUUGCUG